UGCUGAUGAAUCGGCAAAUCUUCUGUCCAACGAGGCCAUCGCCAGCUUGAUUGUUUUGUACUCGCUGACCAUCCUCUUCUCGAUAGCAGGCAACAUUUUGGUGGUCGCCGUCUUCACCAAGGGUCGUCGCUGUCGGACUGACAUCCGGCCUUUUCUCAUUAACUUGGCCGUCGCCGACCUGAUCAUGGCCUUGUUUUGUAUGCCCUUCACAUUUACGUUUGUUAUGAUUCGAACCUGGAUAUUUUCUAGCCCCAUGUGUCCCCUUGUACUGUUCAUGCAACACCUCUCGGUAUCGGCCAGUGUCUUCACAAACAUGGCCAUAGGCAUAGACCGAUUCCUAGUCGUGACCUUUCCCCUCCGGGCCAGGAUGAGCAGUCAGAGGGCCAGGUAUACGCUAUUCAUCAUCUGGCUCUGCUCUCUGGCGCUCUCUUCGGUCCAACUCAUUGUGGGUAAAGCCAAAGACAAAGGCAGUUUUGUGGACUGUGACGAGGAGUGGUCAUCAAGCGGAGCACGUCGGACGUUCACCAUGUUUGUACUGCUGAUCACUUACAUCACUCCACUGAUUAUUUUAGCUGUUACUUAUUCAAUCGUGGCUAUUUUAUUGUGGAAAAGAACAGCCCCGGGUAAUGCACACGAAGAAAGGGAUUCACAGCAGCUCAAGGCAAAGAGAAAGGUCAUCAAGAUGCUGGUGUUGGUUGUUGUCAUGUUCGGCUUGUGCUGGUUGCCACUGCACACGUUUUUUCUUGUCAUUGACUUCAACCCGCAUCUGAUGAGCAAUCAGACAGAGGGGGAGGAGCGGACGUUCACCGUCUUAUUCUAUACGGCCUUCUGGCUCGCAAUGUCCAACUCCUGCGCUAAUCCAAUCAUUUAUGGCUUUACCAAUGAAAGCUUUCGGGCGGACAUGGCAUCGUUGUGCUAUAUUUGGUUUCCAUUUUGCGGCUGCCUGAAGAGUGCGGCAAGCCGGCGACUCAGUAUUUCCACAAAUGAAAGCGUGUACAAGCGCAGCAGCACAAUCCGAAAAUCUCAGAGCAGUUACAGACAGGCUGUGUACAGAAAUGGCAGUAAGGUCUUUAUUGAGAUCAGAAAAGACAAUCUUUACCGUGGCAGGAGCAGCUUGAACGAAUUUUAUCAAGACUCGUUUGACAUGAAUAGCAAAGACAGCUCCGGCAAAGACAGCUCCGGCAAAGACAGCUCCGGCAAAGACAACUCUACCAAUGACGGAUCUCCUGACAUCAGAGACAUCCACUCCUCCAACCAAAGGAGUUCAGCGGUCAAUGACCUCUCCAUCCACUCCUCCAACCAUAGCCAAAGGAGCUCAGCGGUCAAUGACCUCUCCAUCCACUCUUCCAACCAUAGCCAAAGGAGUUCAGCGGUCAAUGACCUCUCCAUCCACUCCUCCAACCAUAGCCAAAGGAGUUCAGCGGUCAAUGACCUCUCCAUCCACUCCCCUAACCAUAACCAAAGAAGUUCAGCGGUCAAUGACCUCUCCAUCCACUCCUCCAACCAUAGCCAAAGGAGAUCAGCGGUCAAUGACCUCUCCAUCCACUCCCCUAACCAUAACCAAAGGAGUUCAGCGGUCAAUGACCUCUCCAUCCACUCCCCCAACCAUAACCAAAGAAGUUCAGCGGUCAAUGACCUCUCCAUCCACUCCCCUAACCAUAACCAAAGAAGUUCAGCGGUCAAUGACCUCUCCAUCCACUCCCCUAACCAUAACCAAAGGAGUUCAGCGGUCAAUGACCUCUCCAUCCACUCCCCUAACCAUAACCAAAGAAGUUCAGCGGUCAAUGACCUCUCCAUCCACUCCCCUAACCAUAACCAAAGAAGUUCAGCGGUCAAUGACCUCUCCAUCCACUCCCCUAACCAUAAUCAAAGGAGUUCAGCGGUCAAUAACCUCUCCAUCCACUCCCCCAACCAUAACCAAAGAAGUUCAGCGGUCAAUGACCUCUCCAUCCAAUCCUCCAACCAUAACCUAAGAAGUUCAGCGGUCAAUGAAAUCUCACCCCACAAUCUAGUUUGA